CUACAUACCCCCAUGUACUUCCUCCUGGGAAAUUUUGCCUUUCUUGAAAUCUGGUAUGUUUCCUCCACUAUUCCUAACAUACUAGCCAACAUUCUAUCUACGACCAAAGCCAUCUCAUUUUCAGGAUGCUUCCUGCAGUUCUAUUUUUUCUCUUCACUGGGUACAACUGAAUGCUUCCUCCUGGCAGUAAUGGCUUAUGAUAGGUACCUGGCCAUUUGCCGCCCCUUACAUUACCCUGUCAUCAUGACUAGGAGGCUUUCUUGCAUUCUGGUAUCUUCAUGCUGGCUCAUUGGAUUCCUUGGGUACUCAAUCCCUGUCUUCUCCAUCUCCCAACUUCCCUUCUGUGGUUCUAAUAUCAUUGAUCACUUCCUCUGUGACAUGGACCCAUUGAUGGCUUUGUCCUGUUCCCCAGCUCCUAUUACUGAAUUUAUUUUUUAUGUCCAAAGUUCCUUUUACCUGUUUUUCACUCUUGCGUACAUUCUUUGGUCCUAUGUUUUGUUGCUCAGGGCUGUUUUUCAGGUUCCUUCUGCAGCUGGCAGGCGAAAGGCCUUCUCUACCUGUGGUUCCCAUUUAAUUGUAGUGUCACUGUUCUAUGGGACAGUAAUGGUAAUGUACGUGAGUCCUACAUAUGGCAUUUCAACUUUGAUGCAGAAGAUCCUUACACUUGUAUACUCUGUAAUGACUCCUCUCUUUAAUCCUCUGAUUUAUAGUCUUCGUAACAAGGACAUGAAACUUGCUCUGAGGAAAGUUCUGUUAGGAAUGAGAAUUGUCAAAAAUAUAUGA